AAUAAGAGUUAUUUCUCCGAUCUCUCCCGAUCUCUCCUUAAGAAUCCGAAAAGGGAAACGAACGGCCCAAGCCGCUUCCGAUCUUAUCCGAGUAUCGUCGACGACGGGUGUUCCCGAACUCGUCCUGCAACCCACUUCGGUCUCACCCGAGUGAUCCCGAUCGGAGCCGACUUCUCCCGAUCCAGCGAAAGUUCAUGUUGAGGCGACUAGAGCGAGAUCGGAAGCUCGCGAAGUUACCCGAAUAGAUGCUGGUUACUCGUAGACCUACGGCCGCUGCCGAAGAGGCCCGAGUCUUUCCGGCUGUGACCGAACCGAGAUGGGAAGCAAAGGUCCGAAGAACAGCGAAGGUUUCGUCAAUCCUCCCUUUCACAAUCCGGACCCACCGGCGGUGUCCGAGGGGCCCCGAAUAUCUCCGAGGACGCGAACAAUAAAGGCGAUCGUGGAGUUCCGCUCGCGCGAAAUCCGCCGAACGGCAAUCCGCCCAUGCAAGCCCAAGAGGCUGCGCAAGGGUUGUCGGGAUGCUGGAGGAAUUGGGGAGGCGGGGUGAGAGAGUAUGGCGGCCGUCAGGCAAGGGAGAUCAUCAUCUGUUCUGUCAUCUGUUCCCCUACAGAUCCUUUUCUUUUUAGAUGGAAUUUAUUAUGUAUUUUAUUUUUUAGCAACACUUCUAAUGAUUAUUUAUAAAAGUCAGAUUUUCACUUAUCCAUAUAACUUAUUGACUCUUGAUCUCAUAUUGCUGUUCUUUAUGGCACUUCUUGAAGCAACCCGCUUGUACUUUGGUACGAAAGGCAACUUGACAGAAGAGGAAGUCCCCCUUGGGAUCAGUCUUGGAGUCACUAUUGGCAGUGUACUUCUAUCAGUCUACUUUCUAGUGUGGCAAACAUAUAUCCUGAGAGCAGAUGUCAUUAUUAAUGGGGUGUUACUUGUUGCAUACGGACUUGAAGGAAUUCUACAAAUCAUAGCAAUUGCUGCCUUUGUCAGCUAAAUCAUGUUGACGCUUGUAUACUUGAUUUUUCUGCGUUUUCUUGCAAUAGAAGCAACAUUUAAAAAUCACACAAAGGAGAUGAUCUGGCAAUUCUGUUCCUUGUGACAUACCAAAGUUUCAUGAGACAUUGGUAAAACAGGUUCUG